CUUGCAAUAAAAGCUCAGCUGGCACAAGGACGCUUCAAUGCAGAGGAGCACAAAUUUCCUGAGAAACAGACGGAACAACAGACUUAUUGAUUGGAGCAAAACCACAUACUCAGUGUGUUGUAAUCAUGGCCAGUAAUCUGAUAAAGAAUCCAAGUGGUGAAGAGAAACUGGAUUUCUGGGAGCUGACGGAGAAUGGUGGGAGUGAAUGGAUAGUAGAGGACAUGCCGGGAGACUGUGGUCAUGACUUUAGUGAUACAGCCGUGAUGAAAUACUUUGCAACCUCCUUUGAGCUGUGUCUGAAGAGACAGGUGAUUGACUUAAUCGAGGAAGGUUUCACUUGUGAACAGCUGGACAUCCAACCUGUCGUGUCAGUGGAAGACUGGUACUGUGGGAGGCAGGACUGCGGCUGCACUUACCAAAUAACAGUGUGUCUGCUCGAUGAGAAUCAUGAGGUGAUGCAGGAGUUCAGACCUGAGCCCGUGACUCUAGACCCGGAAUGUGACGACUGUUCAUGGAAACAGGUCAGCCACAAAUUUUCUGAGUACGGACCUGGACUGCGUUUUAUCUCUUUUGAACAUGGAGGGCAAGACACAAAGUAUUGGGAGGGGUGGUUUGGUGUGCGGGUUACUGGGAGCUCUGUUACUAUUCAUGUCUAAGCAAGUGAUAGGGAGAAAUGCAUAGAAUGUGCGAUGGUUUGAAGUUUAACAUAGAUCGUGCAAGUUGUAUUCUAUGUGGUGAACGGACAGAUAGGGAUGGUGUAGAUCAGGGGUGCUCAAAAUUUUUACUUUUAAAUACUCAUUUAUGUUGGGGGGUUCACCAAGAAAGCUCAGGCGUCUAUUUUUUUUAUUCAACACAAUUCAACUUUAUGUGUAUAGCGUAUAGUGCCUACAAAGGUCAGCAGCAAUAUUGCACAACAUAAUGGUAAGCCUUUUUUGGCCUAAAAAAAAAAAAAAUAUAUAUAUAUAUAUAUAUAUUGUAUAUUCGACGCUGCAAUCUACCCACACUUAGUGUUGCGAUCGACUGGAAGAUUGAGAUCAAUGUCAUGAGCACCCCUGGUGUCAAUAUAAGUAGUACAUACAAAAUACAAAUGGAUGAUUAUAAGUACAUGGAAUAAAGUAUAAAUUAUAUCAAAAAUUCUCUGUCAAAUUCAGUUUAUGACAAGAUCAAGAUUCCAGAUGUGAGCAACUGUUAUUAUUUUAGUAAGGAUGAUGCAUUGCAGAUAAUGUGCUGAGGUUUAGCCGUUUUCCCGACAUUGAUUGUGAGUUACUGAUACUCACUGCCCCAUCUUGCAUACAAAAUGCUGAGAUCAAGUGCAGAAUUUUUAUCCACAUUGUUUAUCAAUAUUGUUUUACUCAGCUGUCUGAUGUCAGGUUGCCACUGCAAAUGAGAAUGUUCUCAAAUGCCUUACGGCACAGGUGUCAAACAGAUUCCAGAAAGGGCCAAGUCAAACAGAUUCCAGAAAGGG